ACCUGGACCCUGGUAAGUAUUGAUUGCAUGUUCUCCGUUAUUACAUGUAAUGGGGUGGAUAACAGUAUACAAUGAGCCUAUGGUUGAAAUCUAAUCUGAAUUUUAAUUUUUUUUGAAAUAAGAAACUUGAAUAAGUAGGUGGGGCAGUGGAGCUAUAACCACACCCACUAAACAGGCGUGGCUUUUACAAUUCGGAGUCAGUAUACUCUCUUAUGUGGCCCGUAUACUAAGAAUAGAGAAGUCGGACACGCCCCUUAUACUAGGGCGUGGCUGGUGCUGAAAAUGGGCUCCAAUUUUAUGCUGGGAGAUGGUUCCUUUGGUGCAUUUACAUUCUACGCUCGUGAGCAUCAGGCGGAGGAAUGCAACAGUCACGGCCUUCCCCUCACUCCAAACACCAUUCUCAUGACCGGCCGGUUCGAAGGAAUGAGGAACAUACAGCACAAUAACCUCUGUGCUUAUUUGGACCUGCUCAAAUGUAAUGGAGAGAGAAUGGUUUGUGUUUCUGAGUAUUACAAAGACUCGCUGGAGACCAGAAUGAAGCAAAAGUACUCAUUCACUCAUUUGGGUGCAGCUCAGUUAGCAGCUGAGCUAACUGACGCUCUUUCUUAUCUUCAUGAGAGAAACAUGGCUGCCUCUUUCCUCUGUACAGAGUCCGUCUUGUUCAAUAAAAAUGGUAACGUUAAAUUGUUUAAUUAUGGAUUCUGUCACAUUACUGAUUAUGGCAAUUUUGUGGAUUUUGCUCUCGAGUCUCCUCGGUACAUAUCGCCCGAGCUCCUUCUCUCUCAGAGCAAAGACCUUCACAUUGCCAUGGCAACAAAGUCUAAUAUCUGGUCACUGGGUAUCAUUCUGCUUGAGGUGUUCAUGGAAUGCCACUUGUAUCCUGAUCUAUUUUUAAAAAAUGGACUGGCCACUUUAUUUACUUGUCUCCUCCGAUUUGUACGAAACAGUCAAAGGGGUGGGGCUACACCUCUGGAUGGCCUCCUGGAAACUCACGGAUUAGCUGAGAAACCAAUGGACACUAAUUUAAAAUCAUUUCUUGAGCUCUGCCUUGUACCGCUGCCAUCAAAAAGAUCAUCCGCCCAUUCCCUUUUGUCACACGUGUACCUCAAGGUAGCUAAGAAUAAGAAAGACAGCGACAAUCUACCAAAACUGGUUAGUAUACGGAAUCCGUUUGAUGGUGAGAGGGUCACGGAAAAGAUUGAAGUACCUUCUCCAUACUCUAGUAGCAGCAUGAGCACUGGUGAGGCUAACGUCAUUUUAAAAGAGGAUCAUCUCUCCAGCUGCAGUUUACAAGAGGUAUAUUUUUUAUGGUCUUUGGCUGGAGGAGAUUUGAAUAACGAACUAAGUAAAGCCUCACUAGUUACUAAUAGACCACCUGUACUGAGUUUACCAUGUGUGGUGGCACAGGACAUCAAAGAGUUUGGAGUAGAAGAAGAUUCAAUUCAUUUGUAUGAUGACACAGUGGUUACUCUACCGAUGGAACAAUUGAGAAAAAGACUCCAGUCCAAAGGUAUUGAGGACUAUUACCCAAUAAUGCCAGACCCUGAAGUAGUGAAGAAUGAUCGCAGGUCAGUUGUCAAUGAUUCAGAGCAGCUGCUGCAGCUAAGCAAACUACCUCUUCAAAUUAAAGAAAAAGACAUCGACUAUCAAUUUCAUCGUCUCAUAUUAUAUCGUCGUUUACUAGAGGCGUAUCCUUAUACAAAAGAAUUAAUAAUUACUGAAGCUAUUGUUGAUGUGUGUCCGCUCAAUCGGGGACCAAUAUGGGCAGCACUGCUUGAUGUACAUGGUGAUAUUGUCUCAAGAUAUGAUGAAAUAGAUAAGGAAUCAGCCACACCCACUGACCGACAGAUAGCAGUAGAUAUUCCUCGUUGCCACCAGUACCACCUGCUCCUUGCCUCCACUACUGGUCAGUUCAAAUUCAAUAGAUUAUUAAAGGCAUGGGUCAGGGACCAUCCUCACUUAGUCUACUGGCAAGGUCUUGAUUCUCUCUGUGCUCCUUUCCUUUCUUUAAAUUUCAAUGACGAAGCGUUGGCCUAUGCCUCAUUCUGUUCAUUCAUUGAUAAAUAUUUAACCAACUUCUUCCUCAAGGACAACUCACCAGUAAUGCAAGAAUAUCUAGCAAUAUUCUUACAGCUCAUUGCUUAUCAUGAUCCAGUAGUGUUUAACAGAUUGGAUACCAUUGGCUUUUUCCCAGACCUGUAUGCCAUCCCCUGGUUCCUCACUAUGUUCACUCAUGUUUUUCCGCUGGAUAAAGUCUAUCAUUUAUGGGAUACACUGUUGCUAGGCAACCCGUCUUUUCCUCUAUUUGUGGGUGUGAGUAUAUUAGUCCAGUUGCGUAAUGAGUUGCUAAGUUACGACUUUAACGAGUGCAUUAUGAUGUUCUCUGACCUGCCAGAUAUUAAUAUUCAUCAAUGUGUUACGGAGGCGGGCAGGUUAUACCACAUUACUCCGCCCAGUUUAUAUUUAAGAACACAAGGGAAACCACAGGAACCCUUGGAUAAUUUUCAUGGCCCCCCUGAAGCAUGUAAAGUCCCACUCUCCAUUGAGUCUUUGAGGUUAGAGUGUUCUCCUCAGCUAUCGGCUCAUGAUCUCAUCUCUCUUUGUAAACUGGAGAGUCGAGCUAUCGGAUAUGAACGGGUUUCUAAGACUCCGCCCAACAGCAAAGACCCCAACGACCCGUUGCUAUGGAGAGACUUGGGUACUAAAGGGAGAAACGGAGAAGUAAUAGUUAUUGACAUCAGAACACAAGAAGAGUUUGAGUCAGGUCACAUGAUGUCCUCGUACAACCUUCCUCAUUACGAAGGGACUUUCCUUCCAAAUGGUGACCUGACAGGGUCUCCAGAGACAGCUUGUCUUCGUGAAAGAGAGUGGGAUUUCAUAGUAAUACUGGCAGGGAAAGGAGACCAGGCAGCAACAUUUGCAAGGCAGCUGGUUCGUCUUAAUUUCCACCAUGUUUGUACGUUAAAUGGAGGAGCUGGUGUUCUUCGCUCGCUGGGACUUCUCUCCUCAGUUUUAGAAUGAUAGUAAACCACACCCACUCUUAAUUAAAGGAGGUGUGGUUCUAAUUUAUAGCUGUGCUAUACAGUAUUUAUACAAGAGGCUAACAUUGUAUUAUUUUUAUAGUAUUUUUGCUUUCACCAAAAGCGCCCACGUUAUUGCACGUGUUUAUAGUA